AGGCACUGGAAGCGCAAGAUGGCGACGGCGGCCGCAGCAUCGGCUUCGGAAGCGGAGGCUGAGCCCAAGGCCGAGGGGGAGGAGGCUGAAGCUAAGGAGGCAAGGACGAGGAGGAAGGUGUUAUCGCGGGCCGUGGCCGCCGCAACGUACAAGACCGUAGGGCCGGAGUGGGACCAGCAGGAGGAAGGCGUGAGUGAGAGCGAUGGAGAUGAGGAGUACGCCAUGGCUUCCUCGGCCGAGAGCUCCCCGGGGGAGUACGAGUGGGAGUACGACGAAGAGGAGAAGAACCAGCUGGAGAUCGAGCGGCUGGAGGAGCAGCUGUCUAUCAACGUCUAUGAUUACAACUGCCACGUGGACCUGAUCCGGCUGCUUCGGUUGGAAGGGGAGCUUACCAAAGUGAGGAUGGCCCGCCAGAAGAUGAGCGAGAUCUUUCCUUUGACCGAAGAGCUCUGGCUGGAGUGGCUGCAUGACGAGAUCAGCAUGGCCCUGGAUGGCCUGGACAGAGAGCACGUGUACGACCUCUUCGAGAAAGCGGUGAAGGAUUACAUCUGUCCUAACAUUUGGCUAGAGUACGGCCAGUACUCAGUCGGCGGGAUUGGUCAGAAAGGUGGCCUUGAGAAAGUGCGCUCUGUGUUUGAAAGGGCCCUCUCGUCUGUCGGGUUACACAUGACCAAGGGACUCGCCAUCUGGGAGGCUUAUCGGGAGUUUGAAAGUGCCAUCGUGGAAGCUGCCCGGCCCAUAGCUGGCUUCCUUUCCCCUUUUGACCGGGAACAAACCUUUGAUUCACAGCUGGAGAAAGUCCACAGUCUCUUCCGGCGACAGUUGGCGAUCCCACUCUACGAUAUGGAGGCAACGUUUGCAGAGUAUGAAGAAUGGUCAGAAGACCCUAUACCAGAGUCAGUAAUUCAGAACUAUAACAAAGCACUACAGCAGUUGGAGAAAUAUAAACCCUAUGAAGAAACACUGUUGCAAGCCGAAGCACCCAGGCUGGCUGAAUAUCAAGCAUACAUCGAUUUUGAGAUGAAAAUUGGAGACCCCGCCCGCAUUCAGUUGAUCUUUGAGCGCGCUCUGGUCGAGAACUGCCUUGUCCCAGACUUAUGGAUUCGUUACAGUCAGUACCUAGAUCGGCAGCUGAAAGUAAAGGAUUUGGUUUUAUCUGUACACAGUCGCGCUGUUAGAAACUGCCCGUGGACAGUUGCCCUGUGGAGUCGGUACCUCUUGGCCAUGGAAAGACAUGGAGUUGAUCAUCGAGUGAUUUCGGUGACCUUCGAGAAAGCUCUGAGUGCUGGCUUCAUUCAGGCCACUGAUUAUGUGGAGAUUUGGCAGGCGUACCUUGAUUACCUGAGGAGAAGGGUCGAUUUCAAACAAGACUCCAGUAAAGAGCUGGAGGAGCUGCGGUCUGCGUUCGCCCGCGCCUUGGAGUACCUGAAGCAGGAGGUGGAGGAGCGUUUCAGUGAGAGUGGAGAUCCAAGCUGCCUGAUCAUGCAGAACUGGGCUCGGAUUGAGGCUCGACUGUGCAAUAACAUGCAGAAAGCCCGGGAGCUCUGGGACAGCAUCAUGACCAAAGGGAACGCCAAGUAUGCCAACAUGUGGCUUGAGUAUUACAACCUGGAAAGGGCCCACGGUGACACUCAGCACUGCAGGAAGGCUCUGCACCGGGCCGUCCAGUGCACCAGCGACUACCCAGAACACGUCUGUGAGGUGUUGCUCACCAUGGAGAGGACAGAAGGUACUUUAGAAGAUUGGGAUAUAGCCGUUCAGAAAACCGAAACUCGACUGGCUCGCGUUAAUGAGCAGAGAAUUAAGGCUGCGGAGAAGGAAGCAGCCCUCGCCCAGCAAGAGGAAGAAAAGGUUGAACAACGGAAGAGGGCCCGGGCAGAGAAGAAAGCGUUGAAAAAGAAGAAGAAGACCAGAGGCUCGGACAAGAGCAGAGCUGAUGAGGAUGAUGAGAAAGAGUGGGGCGACGACGCGGAAGAGCAGCCUUCCAAGCGCAGGAGGGUGGAGAACAGCGUUCCUCCCGCUGGGGAAGCUGAGCUGGGCCCAGAAGCCGACCCGGGCCUCUCUGGGAGCAGCGCCCCUGCGGCCGCAGAGCCUCCCUCUGAGCAGAAGGAGCAGCGGGCGGCCACCCGAAGGAGGGAUGUGCCCAGGGUGCUGCACGACAGCAGCAAGGACGGCGUCACUGUCUUCGUCAGCAACCUGCCCUAUGGCCUGCGGGAGCCUGCCGCCACGCUCCGGCCGCUCUUCGAGGCCUGCGGGGAUGUGGUCGAGGUCCGCCCCAUCUUCAGCAACCGCGGGGACUUCCGGGGCUACUGCUACGUCGAGUUUAAAGAGGAGGCGGUGGCCCUGCGGGCCCUGGAGCUGGAUCGGCAGACCGUUGAGGGGCGGCCAAUGUUUGUCUCCCCCUGUGUGGACAAGAGCAAAAACCCAGACUUCAAGGUGUUCAGGUACAGCACUGCCCUGGAGAAGCACAAGCUAUUCGUCUCGGGCCUGCCAUUCUCUUGCACAAAAGAGGAACUAGAAGAGAUCUGCAAGGCCCACGGCACUGUGAAGGACAUCCGGCUGGUCACCAACCGGGCCGGCAAACCCAAGGGCCUGGCCUAUGUGGAGUACGAAAACGAAUCCCAGGCAUCUCAGGCUGUCCUGAAGAUGGAUGGCAUGACUAUCAAAGAGAACGUCAUCAAAGUGGCUAUCAGCAACCCGCCUCAGAGGAAGGCUCCGGAGAAGCCAGAGGCAAGGAAAGCCCCGGGGGUCGCCGUGGUGCCGCGGCAGAUCUACGGAGCGCGGGGGAAGGGGAGGACCCAGCUCUCUCUGCUGCCCCGCGCCCUGCAACGCCCAAGCGCCACCGCAGCCCAGGCUGAAAACGGCCCUGCCCCACCGCCGGCGGCCACCGAGGUACCCAAGAUGUCCAACGCCGACUUUGCCAAGUUGCUUCUGAGAAAGUGAGUGGGACUGUGCGAGAAGGGAAAUGCCUUACUUGAUGCUGGCCGGGAAGACGCCCGGUGCCCAGCUGUGCCCUGGCUGUGCAGGACCCAGUGCAGCGCCUGUGACCACACGCUUGCUCUGGUUUAGGUAGGAUGGGAAAAGGGUGUCCAAGGAAAAAAGAGGCUUUAAGUGCUCCCUCAUAUUGAGGGCGAGAGGAUGAAAAUGGUCACUCCACAGGCUGGGCGCAGGGUGCAGUUUCCUAAGAUGUGUCUUAAAGAGAGAGAAACAGAAGUGAAAUGCGAACACACCGUUUUGAGACACCCCCCCCCCUUGUCCAAAUAUUUUUGGCCACCUCUGGUCCCCUUUUUAUAAGACACUUCUCUUACACCCUGCACAGCACAGGUGCCCAUCGCUCUUUUAAUUUUUAAAAGACAAAAUGGCAGGUGUUAGUAAUUCACCAGAAUGGCCUAUUUUAGUAAAGGGGUGGGGGCAAGGGGCAUCACAUAAAACAUCUGAUGGGCUUUUGUUCACGGGGGCUGUGCGUUUUUAUAUUACGUAUUUGUAAAUGACACGUCAACCCACUGUUUUGUUUCCUAAAAGCAAAAUACUUGUGACAUUUGUAUAGGAAUUCUGUGCGCCAUCUGCUAUGGACGUUUUUCUUUGCCUAGUGACUAAGUGAACUGUGUUCUUUGUCUAAAUACUGAGUUUCAGCCCUUUGGUUUUGUUUAAAUAGCAUUGUCAAGUGCAAACUUAAAUUCUCCCCAUUUAGCUUUGUUUAUUAAACUGAAGUUCUCUUAAAAACUUCUUGUCGAAAGGUA